AUGCCAGGCAAAGGCUGCGCCAAAUACUGCAACACAACAAAAACGGUGGCAGAGUGCUGUAAAGGAUUCUAUGGGCCAGACUGCAAGCCCUGCAUUGGAGGCUUUGAAAAUCCAUGCUUUGGCAACGGAACGUGCUCUGAUGGCAUGAAUGGGGAUGGAUCGUGCUCCUGUCGGCCGGGCUUUAAGGGCGUGGCCUGUCACCUCUGUUCAGACCACCGCAAACACGGAGAGAACUGCGAUGAAGAAUGCCGGUGUGUCCAUGGCGUAUGUGAUAAUCGUCCUGGCAGUCGGGGGCGCUGUCGUUUCGGCCCGUGUUCGGAAGGAUUCUCCGGAGAUUUCUGUGACAAACAAAAGAUGGCGUGUAACUCAGACGGGCUGAUGGAGCACUGCCACAUCCACGCGGUGUGCAGCUACAGCGGCGUCGACACUGUUUGUACCUGUCGAGAUGGAUAUGAAGGAGACGGUCACUCGUGUUCUCCCAUCAACCCCUGCGUCAAGAGCAGCCGCGGCGACUGUGACGUAAACGUGAGCAGUUCUGUGUGUUUGGAAACGUUGAAAGUGACAGGAUGGAGCGGCGAUGGAAAAGUCUGUGUGGAGAUCAACCUCUGUCAAAGUGAAUCCAGAGGAGGCUGCAGCCCCUACGCCACCUGCACCCACGUCGGCCCCGCUCAGGCUGAGUGUGUGUGCAAAAGAGGCUACUCUGGAAAUGGAAAAGUGUGCGAUCUCCUUAACCCCUGCAGGGAGAACAACAGAGGAUGUCAUGAGCUGGCGACUUGUAAACAACUCGAGGGCAGGGUCCCCUCCUGUAUUUGUCCGGAUGGUUACCAUGGCAACGGCACUACUUGCUACGGCACCGUCAUAGAGACACGCAGAGAUAUUCCUGCAGAGUUCUAUGGGAACAUUACCGUGCUGGCUCCCUCUGUGCAAAGUCACUUCAUGUUCUGGCACAAGCAGCGCAGUGCUCUUCACUUGCUGCGGUGA